GAAAACAAAGCAAAAACCCUUCUCCUAAAUUUUUCUCAAUCUUCAUUAAUGGAAACAGUGAUUUCCCGACAAGACGAGCGCGCCGGAGCAGAAAUCGUAUAUGGACAUGAAGAAUGUUACCAACGAUCGGUGGAGCUUCUAAAGGAACUCGGUUUUCCGAGUGGCGUAUUGCCAUUGCAAGAGUUGGAGGAGUGUGGAAUGGUGAGGGAGACUGGAUUCAUUUGGAUGAAGCAAAAGAAGCCCUACGAGCACUUUUUCGAGGCGACAAACUCGCGCGUCGCAUACGCGACCGAGGUUACUGCAUACGUUGAGAAGUUCAAGAUGAAAAAGAUGACGGGCGUGAAGAGUAGGCAGCUUCUUUUGUGGGUUCCUAUUGGGGAAAUGAGUAUUGAUGAUUCCAAUAGGAAGAAGAUUUGUUUUAAAACUCCUGUGGGGAUUGGAAAAUCGUUUCCUUUAACUGCGUUUAUGGUUGAUGAAGAGAAGAAGAAGUAUUUGGGGAAGGUUGAGGAAUGAGUUUUUUUUUUUUUUUUUUUUUUGUUAUAAAUUGUUGGAUUUAGAUCUUCAAUAAUUUCUAAUUUAAGCCUGUAUUUGGAGUUAAUUAGCUUUUAAUUUCAUUGCACAAUGAUUUAAUGUUGGUGUUCAAUUAUGAUUACCAAUAAGUUGGAUUCAAUAUUUUAAUUUGAACCUUUUUAUAGUGUUGUACCUUUGAAAUACUAGUUUUUGGCUAAUAAGGGUUGAGUUUACGUUUAA